UCUUUAAUUUUAAUUUCUUUCUGGAAUCUUCUUCGAUCACUGAAACUCCGAACAUUGUUCAGUGUUUGACCCCCAUUCCGAGACGACCUCUCGAAUCACCUCGCAUCGCACCUUAAAUCCAACUUGAAUCAGAUUUCUCCAGUAAAUUAUCUUUCAAUUGGGUCUCUGAAGAAUCCCAUUUUUUGGGGAUAAGAGAUUUUAUUAUCAAUGGAGGAUGUUCAGGAGCAUCAAAGUCAAUCGCUUGUUCAAGAUGAUGAGAGUGAAAUAGUCACUGAAGAUGCUGCUUUUGUUCAUGGGGAACCUCUUCAAGACGCUAAUGGACCCCCGAAGGUCGAUUCAGAGGUGGAAAUUCUACAAGAGAAAGUCACAAAGCAAGUUGUUAAGGAAGGUCAUGGCCCCAAACCAUCCAAAUAUUCAACAUGCUUCUUUCACUACAGGGCAUGGACCGAGAGCACAGGACAUAAGUUUGAGGAUACUUGGCAGGAACAACAACCAAUUGAAAUAGUUUUAGGAAAAGAGAAGAAAGAAAUGACGGGCUUGGCUAUCAGUGUGUCCAGCAUGAGGUCUGGUGAGCGGGCGCUGCUACAUGUAGGAUGGCAAUUAGGCUAUGGAGAAGAAGGAAGCUUUUCUUUCCCAAAUGUUCCACCCAAGGCUGAUCUAAUAUAUGAAGUUGAGCUUAUUGGAUUCGAUGAGACCAAAGAAGGGAAAACUCGUGGUGACAUGACUGUUGAGGAAAGGAUCGGAGCGGCAGAUAGAAGAAAGAUGGACGGAAAUGCUCUUUUUAAGGAGGAAAAACUGGAGGAGGCUAUGCAACAGUAUUCAAUGGCCAUAACAUAUAUGGGCGACGACUUCAUGUUCCAAUUGUUUGGGAAGUAUCGCGACAUGGCCUUGGCUGUUAAGAAUCCGUGCCAUCUUAACAUGGCGGCGUGUUUAAUAAAGCUUCAGCGCUAUGAAGAAGCUAUUGGACAAUGCACCGUAGUAUUAUCAGAGGAUGAAAACAAUAUGAAAGCGCUUUUCAGGCGAGGAAAGGCAAGGGCGGAGCUUGGACAGACAGAUGCUGCCCAGGAAGACUUCCUCAAGGCUCGGAAAUUUGCGCCAGAGGACAAAGUCAUUGCAAGGGAGUUGCGUUUGCUGGCUGAACAAGACAAGGCUCUUUAUCAGAAGCAAAGGGAGAUCUAUAAGGGAAUCUUUGGACCACCUCCAGUAGCGAAACAAAAGCGAACGAACUUCUUGAUUGUUUUCUGGCAAUGGUUGCUAUCGAUAUUCUAUCGUCUUUUUAGACGCCAAAGGCAAAAAUCUGACUAGUAAAGCUCUUCAACUUGUGUCAAGCUAGCCUUCUUGAAUAGCAUGAACUAAUCCCUGGUCUUGAGUGUCUGUGCGGCAAAUGUUAGGCUGAAAAAUAAACGGACCAGCUUGUAUGAUUGUGUGUUACUUUUCUACUUCUUUUUUGCGGUUUGAAUUGUAUCAGGAAAUUUGAUCACGGACUUUUGGAAGGUAUGCAAAAACAAAGUCUAUGGUGGUUAGAUUUUUUUU